UGAUUCACAAAAGUAUGUCAGGAAUGUGGACCAGGAACUGAUCUGGCCACAGGGGACCAGGCUGGUCUACAGUUUCCACCUAAAGCUGGUGUACAGAGUAGACCAGGCCUCUCACUUCAGGUCACCAGAUGAUCAGAUUACAUCGCCAGAACAGGAUUGUGAGUUCCAUGGUGUGGUCAGGUUCUACUUCCAAGACGGGAAUAACGUGGUGACAAAAUGUAUUCGUGUGGCGAGCUCGGCUACCACACAGGAAGUAGUGGACGUCCUAGUGGAGAAGUUCCGGCCCGACAUGCGCAUGUUGACGGCCAACAAAUACGCGCUGUACGAGGUCCAUGCCAAUGGCGAGGAGAGGAAGUUGGACGACAGUGAGAGAGUUUUAUGGGUGCAGCUGAACUGGGGUACAGACGUUAGGGAGGGCAGAUUCUUACUCAAAAGACAGGGGGACACAACUGUUCCACAUGCAGAUAACAAGGAGAACCAGGGAGGGACGUUUAAGAGGAAAUUGUCGAAGCGAGAGAAGAAGGAAGCGAAGAAGAAAGAGAAGGAGAAGAAGAUUCUGGACUCGGGUAACGCCGCGGAGCAGCUGUAUACGGACAUGCCGGAGACGCGAUUUACCCGCAGCAUCUCUAACCCCGAGGCCGUGAUGAAACGACGUCGUCAGCAGAAGGUGGAGAAAAAACUACAGCAGUGUCGUGGCCAGGACGGACAAGGGGGUACGCUGAAGAUCUAUGGAGAGAGCAUUAAGCCGGACAUUCCUUAUAAGACCCUCCUCCUGUCCACCGCCGACAAUGUCCGCUACGUCAUCAAGGAGACCAUGGACAAAUACGGGAUGGACUUCAGUGUCAAUGACCCCGACGAUUUCUGUUUGGUUCAGGUAUUAGUGCCCCCAGGUGAGAGGGAGUACCACGGAGGGAACAUCGGAGAGGAGAGAAUCAUGGAGGAUCACGAGUGUCCGCUGGCCAUCGCCAUGGAUUUCCCCCCGACCAAAGGAACUAUGAUGUUCCACUUCAGAAGACGUAAUGAUGCGAAGAAACCAAAACAUAAGAAACUCCGAGCAGUGUCUCAUGAGGAACUUAGAAUGAGGAGCGACGAUGCUCCCCCACAAAAAUUACCGUACCUCGUAGAACUUAAUCCAGAUGGCUCUGACAACCCCAAAGGGAAGGUGUACAGACUGAACAUGAAAUUUACAGAAGUCGGAAGUGACCCCUCCAUGUUUAUCAAGGUGCAGGGUCCAAACAUCCAGCCUCGUCACUGUGUGUUGGGUCUGGUGGAGAAGGACGGGGUAGUGACUGUUACUCCCAGAAGUCCCGAGUCCGAGACCCACGUAAACAAUCAAAGAAUUUCAGAAACCACAACGCUACAGAACGGCAUGACGGUCAGAUUCGGAAAGCUGCACGUGUUCAGAUUUAUUGACCCUAAUUUCGAAGAGAAACUGAAGAAAGGUCAGGUUCCUCCAGACGGGGCGAUCCAGAAACACCGCACCCCCCAUCAGAAGCCCAUGGAGACAAACUUUGAUGCUGUCCGCCCUGUCCCCGCCCCCAGGGAACCCAGACCCCAGGAGCCCGCAGAGACUCAGAGAAGGGGUGUACCUCAGCCGAUGGGAUCCCCGCGGAGGGAGGAGCCUGCGUACCCCCCACACAGACAGGGUGGGGACCUUCUGCCGGCCGUACUGGUAUUCAGGGAAGACAAGGAGGACCACUUCUUUGCCAAUGUUGUCCUGGACUCAGCUACUGCUGGCCUUUGGUUUAAGCUGGCCCCAACCUACACAAUUUAUAUGGCUGUCCGCUUCUCUCUGUCUAAUGGUUAUAGGCCCGAUCUCAGUCCUCAGGAUAAACCACUCAAAAUCACUUACCUCGUGAUCAAGAUAGCCAACCUCACACAUCAAGCCAUACAUUCUAACCAGGACAAUAUUGCGGCCUUGGCGUUCUGGAUGGCCAACUCCUCUGAGAUCCUCCACUUCUUUAAGCAGGAUCACGACAUUCACCCGUUCAGUCAGGAUGCCCAGGAGAUGCUGGCGGAGUCUGUACAGAUGGCCUUCCAUCAUCUGGUCCGCUGUCUGCAGUACGACCUUCAGAGGACACUGCCAGCGUUCCUGGACGACGGUGAUGAGGAUGAUCCUAACGAUAAGAGCAGGAUGCAGUACAACAGAGGGCGUCCCACACUCAGCGACGUCCUUGACACCCUGUCCUCAGCGAUGAAUUUGUUACGUCGCUGUCGUGUUAACGCAGGGCUCACCAUUCAGCUUUUCUCCCAGCUGUUCCACUUCAUCAACAUGUGGCUGUUUAACAUCCUUGUGAAGGAACAACAUCAGUUCUGUAUGAGGAUCUGGGGCGUCCGAUUAAAGCGACGACUCGGGAGUAUCGAGGCCUGGGCUGAGAAACAGGGCCUAGAGCUGGCGGCCGACUGCCAUCUCUGUAGAAUCAUUCAGGCUGCACACCUACUCCAGGCUCCUAAGAGUAGCCAUUACUACAUUUCUAACAUCAGCUCUACCUGCUUCAAGCUGAACUCCCUCCAGCUGCGAGAACUCCUCCAGAGGUACAUCCCCGAGCCCGGGGAACCCCCCGUCCCCCAGAGUCUGAUAGAGGACAUCGUCAAGGUCGCUGAAAACAUGGCCGACGAACUGACCAAGAAUGACGGCCGGGAGGUGUGUCUAGAAGAGCACGCAGAUUUACAGCUUCCGUUUCUUCUACCUGAGGAAGGGUACACCUGUGAUACAAUUAAGGGAAUUCCUAAAGGAAUCGACGAGUUCAUAGAACCUCUGGGCAAAGCUGGUCUAUGUCGAUUGAUCCCCCAGCCCGGGGCCAGCGGGGACUGGACUGUGUACAUGACCGGGGACGAGGGUCCUAAAAUAGACGAGGCUGUUAGGAAGGGACCCCAUCAGCCCCCACAACAACAGGCUGGUCACCAUGGAGAUCGUCCACAGCAACAGUUACCAAAGGAACCUGAGAUAGCCACAGUGUCCUUCAACAAGGUCAAGGGCAGUAUGGGACUGAGUAUUGUGGAAGCCACACCCAAGGCCAGAGAAAUGAUAACCUCUGAGUGUGAUCAAGUAAAGGAGAUUUGUUCUACACUGGCAAGCUUUAAGACGACAAACACCAGACAACCAGCUUACAACUAUGACAACCAGGAAAUUGGGUCCCCCUUUGGAAACUUUGGUAGAAAUGAUUAUUCCAGACACGAGGAGCCCACAAGAGACCCUGAUGUAUGGCCACCACCAACCCCUGUAGAACACAGACCUGGUCCUAAUAUACGAGCAGCCAGGAAACCAGAACCAAGCAGAAACCGCCAAGCACCCAGCCGUCCUGGAUACGGGGACAGGAGAGGGCCCAGUCAACCCAGUGGUCAGGGGAGGGGAGGACCAGGGCAAAAGGACAACAAGAAAAAACAAGAUGACAGAGAAAAGAAGUUUGAUCCUACUGGAUAUGAUAAAGAUCUAGUGGAGAAUCUGGAAAGAGACAUUGUACAGGAAAAUCCGAAUGUUAGCUGGCAUAAGAUGAGCUCCUUUAAUCUUGAUGACGAGUUGACAUGUCCAAUAUGCCUGGAAUUGUACGACUGUCCCAUCUCGUUACCUUGCCUCCACAGCUUCUGUACAGAAUGCCUACAAGACCUAACACACAGCAGUGGUCCCACCACGGUGACAUGCCCACAAUGUCGGACUGACGUCCAGGUUCCCACUGGGGGUGUGAAGAAUUUCCCGAAAAAUUUCAAUUUGGCAAAUAUUGUACAGAAAGUUAAACAGCACAACGAGCAGAAAAAUCAACAGAAAUGAAAAAUAAAGAUGCCCAAAAUGACCAAUCUGAUAUGGCAGAGCAUAUU